CACACUCCAAGUCUCGAACCCAAAAAUAAUAAACGAGCGAUACUAAAAUAAGAGUAACAAACAGAAGGAUAAACUUGAAUACUCAUCAACUCAUCAUCAAUUCAUCAUAUACAGAUAAAUAUCUCAGUAGCAUACUGUACCUACCUACAAUUCAGCUAGACAAGUUCCAUACUACUGCUUCAUCUUUUCAACAUGUCCACUUCCAAUUCUUUAAACCAUUACUGAGUUACAGCACCUUUAAUUUUGAUUCGAGUAAUAAUUUAUUCCUAAUUGAAAUUGAUAUGUUCAGAUAAAAUGGAUAAUAGAAGUGGGAAUUGGUUCAAAUGUUUGAUUAGGAAGAAACAAGUUGAUUCAGUUCAUGCAAACUAUUCUUCUUCCACUAGUGCUCAACCUCAACUUGCUCGAGCGUUAUCUGUUCUUCAUGUCACCGCAAUUGGCAUUGGCACGACCAUUGGAGCUGGAGUUUAUAUUCUGAUCGGUACUGUUGCCAGAGAGUCUACUGGACCUGCCCUUACCCUAUCUUUUUUGUUCGCGGGUGUAGCUGCUGCUCUAUCUGCAUUGUGCUAUGCAGAAAUUGCCAGUCGGUGUCCUUCUGCGGGCAGUGCCUAUCAUUACUCAUAUGUAUGCGUUGGAGAAGGUGUAGCUUGGUUGAUUGGCUGGUGUUUGAUGCUAGAGUAUACGAUUGGGGGUUCUGCAAUUGCCCGUGGAAUAUCCCCAAAUCUGGUCUUGCUCCUUGGUAGCGGUGAUAGCCUUCCUACUUUGCUGCAACGCCACUAUAUUUCUGCUCUUGAUGUUGUUGUUGAUCCUUGUGCGGCAAUUCUUGUUAUUAUUGUCACCAUGCUUUUGUGUCUUGGAAUUAAGGAGAGUGCAGUUGCACAAGCUGUUGUGACAUCUGGAAAUGUAUGUGCUAUGCUUUUUGUUAUAAUCGCUGGGGGAUACCUAGGUUUCAAAACUGGAUGGGUUGGCUAUGAGCUGCCAAAUGGGUACUUCCCUUUUGGCAUAAAUGGAGUUCUUGCUGGAUCUGCUACUGUUUUUUUCUCUUAUAUUGGUUUUGAUGCUGUUGCCAGUGCUGCUGAGGAGGUGAAGAAUCCGAAACGAGAUUUACCAUUGGGUAUAGCCUUUUCAUUGUUAAUAUGCUGUGCAUUGUACAUGCUGGUUUCAGUAGUUGUUGUUGGUCUUAUUCCAUAUUAUGAGCUUGACCCAGACACUCCUAUUUCCUCUGCGUUCUCUAGUCAAGGGAUGCAAUGGGCAGCGUAUAUAAUCACGAUUGGAGCAUCAACAGCUCUUUGUGCAUCACUGUUGGGGUCAUUUCUACCACAGCCUCGAGUCCUCAUGGCAAUGGCUAGAGAUGGCUUGCUACCUUCAUUUUUCUCAGACAUUAACCCUUAUACACAUGUUCCGGUGAAGAGUACAAUUGUGACUGGAGCUUUUGCUGCAAUUUUAUCGUUCUUCAUGGAUGUGUCCCAGCUGGCAGGAAUGGUUAGUAUAGGCACUCUUUUGUCGUUCACAAUUGUUGCCAUAUCUUUACUGAUAAUCAGAUAUGUUCCGCCCAAUGAGGUGCCAGUUCCAACAUCACUUUUGGCAUCAACAAGUGUUGCUUCAUUGGAAUUUGGUUCGAAUGUUGAAGAGGUUGAUGGGCCAAGUACUAAAGAGCAUGUUGGCAGUUCCAAGGACGAAAUUCAACCUUUACUUAACAAUGAAAAGUUAUCUGCUGGACAUCCUUUAAUAUUGAAGCAAUCAGCGGAAUGUAGUACUACUUCACUUGAUGAUAAGAGGCGAAAAAUUGCUGGCUGGACCAUAAUGCUUACAUGUUUGGGGGCGUUGAUCCUUGCAAUUGUAGCCUCAUAUGCGGGGCUUCCCAGUAUCCCUCGCUUCACAUUAUGUGCCAUGGGCGUCGCUCUUCUUAUAUCUAGCUUGAUAAUUCUCUCUUGCAUUAACCAAGAUGAUGCGAGGCACAACUUUGGCCACACAGGAGGUUUCAUUUGUCCUAUGAUUCCGCUACUACCUGUUGCUUCCAUUCUCAUCAACAUAUACUUGCUUGUGAAUCUUGGCGGAGGCACAUGGGUUCGUGUGCUUGUAUGGAUAACAAUCGGAGUGCUUGUUUAUGUAUUGUAUGGGAGAACUCAUAGCUCCUUGCGGGAUGCAGUUUAUGUGCCUGCUGCUGAUGCAGAUAAGAUCUUUCGUUGUUUGUGCAGGCUUGCCUAGCCAUUCGAACACUUACCUUAAUAGUGCAAAAAAGAAUGCCGGAGUUACCGCCUGCUUCUUGUGACAGCUCUGGAAAUGGGAGAAGGGAAGGGGUCAUUGAUGUAUGACAUUGUUGUCACUUGUCAGUAAGACAGUAGCUAGCUGAUGUUGAUAUUGCCAUCUUUGACAUUCUUCAAAGUUGCGAAUUCAGUUAUUGCAUGAUGUAAUAUUUUUCCACUGCUCUUUAUAACUGAAUAUUGGCUUUUCUUAACACUCGUUGCUGUUUCUCGAAAAGAACACUCGUUGCUAGCUUGUUUUUCCUGUAACUUGGUUGAUGUACCUAUAGAUCUGAACGUUUAGCUGUUCCCAUCUUUACUUUUAUUAAUUUCUCCAUCUGGUUCAUGGAUUUAGGCAUCCAGCUAUUCACUUAAUUAAACUGUCGAAACCUGAGCAUUGUGCAAUCAGACCAGGCAGGUUAGUCUGCACGGUCUUAAAGAAACAGUUUCCCAAGAUAUUUCGUUCUUGUAUGUCAUUUGUCACUUUUAUAACUUCCUACCAACAGUUCCAUCGCAAAAUUUUAACAAUAUGACUUGCUUUCUGCUAGCAAAACCUAGGAAGAUUUUUCAGGUACCUCUCCCAGUAUAGUUGGCUUAUAAUUAGGAGUAUUUAAUCGAAGGAUCGAAGCUUAAGAGUAUGUGCACUGUGUUUGUGCAGUUUGCAUCCUCAUUUCCCUAAAUUCCCUUGAACCAUCUCAAGUUAUCCUCCCAAAAAAGUUCUGGUUCAUCUCCUAAAACUUCACCCUACCUUUUUUUUUUUAUCUCAGCUUUCAUAGGCUGAUUUAUUUCUACGACCUAGAGAGAUCUUACAAACCCAUUUCAUUUAUCUGAAGUCUGAUAAAUAGCUCAGCAUAAAAAUCGUACAGGGUUCUUAUAUUUCAUAGUAUGUGACGUUGAAUGGUGAAAAAUAUCUUAGUCAGAACGCAGUAUUUGAUGUAGAAUGAGUUUGUUGCUCCAUUUGUCUUAACCAUCAAGGCACUACUUUCUAGUGCUACACUUAAGAAAACUUUGACCUGUAAUUUACGAUAGAAGGCUGUAGUCGUAUGAUAUCAAUACUUGUAGAUGGGACAGAGAGGUCUGAUUCAGGAUAAAUGCUUGGACUUAGCAAGCUUAGGCUCAAAGAAAAGCAGAAAGAAGAAGCACUUAACUUCUAGCUACUAAGCACAAAAGCUAGGUUUGUUUUCCAUGACAUUUAUUUUAUAAGACAUUGAUUAUGGUUAUCACCAUCGAGCAACUCAUUAGCUUUCUUAUUGUUGUUGUCUUGCAGCUUUAUCAUUACAAAUGCAGCUUUAUUGGGGUCACUUCUUCCUCAGUCAGUCAAAAGAGGCAGAGAAGCCAAAAAUGGGAAGCUUGGUUCUUGACUAUCAUUUGCGUAGGUGUUCUUGUUCUUAUAUCUUCUACUUUAGCUGAAAAACUUUCCAGGUAAUUCAUCUUUUAACAUCAGGGCUCAAUUCUUGGAACUGAUCGAUUCCCUUGUGAUUGGGACUCCUUCCUAUAGCGACUGAAUAUGCUCUUGCAUAAAUUUGGAGUUCAGAACAACCUUGGAGCAUUUGCUCUAUGCGCUGAACAUGAUGGUUUAAAGGUAGUUGGCCCUCCCAAUGUUCUUUUGAACACAUAAAUGUCAUAUUCUCAUAUAGCAUUAAACCCACCCCAACAUUAUAUCAAUCUAUAUCUGCUUUCUUUGUUUGGAUAGAUGUUGAUCAGAUAGAUUAUAGAUGUAUCAACUAUCAAAUAUAGGAAUGUAUGAUUUUUGUGGAUAUGUCAUUGGUUGUUUUAUGAUUUAAGAAACCUAUCCUGGCAAGAAGAGGCAACAACAGAAGAAAUCGACUUUGCUGUCCGACAUAGAGCUCCUGCAUACAAAGAUAAUUUGCUUCAUCUUUUAUCUGUUUACAUCAUAGCAACUAUUCGAUACUCCCUCUAUCCCAUCUUAAUUUUCCUGCAUGCUUUAUAUGUUCUUAAACUUUUUAGUCUCCCAAAAUCAGUUUUUUACUUCUUGGUAUCUCUUUAUCCACCUUCAUUCUAAUUACUUUGGUCAUUGCCUCCAUUCAUUAGUUGAUAGUCCUUGAUACUUUAAUAGUUGUACUAGUACCUUUAAUGAUAUAUGGUAUCUAUGCUAUUAUGUUCAAGAAUCUUCUGUUGUUAGUUUCAAAUUUAUCGACCUAGGUGUUGAAGAUCUGUUACAGAUAAUGAUGAACGGCUUUAUGUAAAUUAUAUCGAACAUCAAUGUUGUAAACUUUUAGAAGGUCAAAUUAGUGAAUUAGGAGUAAAGAUAUCAGGUGGUGUAAGUUAAUGCCUUGAAUCUGGUCAAGUUCGUCAAAUGGAGCUGUCGCAGGCCCGCUCGGUCAAGUCGGGCAGUGUCGCCCGACCAAGCGGGGUUGAAGGUCCAAGCUGGGGAUUGGAAGCAGGCCACCCGAUCAGCUCGGGCAGGGUCGUCCCAUUGGGCGUGAUCAGCGAAUCACGAUCGGGUGACCAACGCUCGAUCGGGCUCGAGGGCAUUAAGGGUUUGGGAAACUAGGCUGCUCGAUCCGAUAGGGCGGUGGUGAAUUUGACGCGGGGACGAUUUUCGAAACGGGUUAUAAUGUAUUAUAUAACCUAGUUUAAUUUUAGCCGUCAUUAGUGCUAAAACACAUUUGUAAUAUGAAAUUCCUCAAGAGCAAUAUUCUCUCUAUUCUCUCUGCCUGUAGAGUAGCCAACGCCGUUGGUGAACCACAUAAAGACGCAGAGAUUGCUAUGGGUGCUUGUCAACCCCAACAUACUUGGUCUAACAAGAAGAGACAUCCAAUAGGCCAGGCUUGUGCUUUUAGAGACUCUUAUGAAAAGUUUAAGAAAGCAGGAGCAGAGGUUAUUGGUAUUAGUGGUUAUGACUCAUCUUCUCACAAGAUCAUGUUUAUGGCCGAGAAGGAGAUGAAUACAGGGUUGAGUUGCUUAACAAGUUGGUAAUUCUAAUUGUGCAAUGUUGCUAGACAAUAUUUUCCUCUUUUCUUUUUUUAGAAUAUGUUUUUGCAAUAUGCUGCCAUAGUAUUGUUUAUUGAUUCUGUUUAAGAUUUAUGUAGACCUUACUCUAGUGCAGGCAAAUGGCCAUCGUAUCGAUUUCCAAAAUAUUAUUCUUUUCAAUGUAUAUAGUUAUAGUUGAAUAUGAUAUUAAAAUUAUAGUAAAUAUUCUUAUGUAUCUAAUUAUUUAUGUUUAUUCUUUAAA